AUGAUAGAAAGAAGAAGAGUGCGGCGUCACCACGACGUAAAACCCGGCACAGUCGGAGCCGCCGCUCUCCGCCAAUGUCUCGUCUCUCCCACCGUCACACAGCUCUCCAUCCUGUCGCGACGACAGUUCCCGCUUCCCUCAGGCAAUGACCUCGACGUGAACAAGGCCCAGAUAAUUGUCCAUGAGGAUUACGCGGCAUACCCAGAUGAGUUACUGGCAAAACUGAAGGGUGCUGAAGGGUGCAUCUGGGCACAGGGCGUCAGCCAGAACGACGUGAACAAGGAUGAAUACAUACACAUCACCUACGACUUUCCCCUUGCAGCCGCCAAGUCCUUUGCAUCUCUCUCCCCGACAGACAAGUUUAACUUCGUUUACGUCUCAGGCGAGGGUGCAGACCCCACCGAGAAGACCCUCACCUUCUAUGGCAAGAUCAAAGGCCGCGCCGAGUUGGCCCUCCUUGCGCUCCCUUCGACACCCGCCUACAGCGCCCUCCGGAUAUUCAACGUCCGCCCAGGCUACGUUGAUCCUCCCAACCCUAACCGUCCCACAAGCGCCCUCAGGAAUUGCGUGGUCGACUCAGUCAUCGUGUCAACUCUGAGAACUCUGCUCCCCGGACUGGUCACGCCGGUCGGGACGCUCGGGCGGGUCCUCGUCGACCUUGCGACGGGCGAUGGGGCAGCCCUUACCGCGGCGAGCGGGAUUGAGGCCGGAGGGCGGACGGUGCGGAGCGCCGCCAUCCGGACGUUGGGCGGGUUGUAG